GCCCGGGUUUGGCCUUGUGUUCUGCCGUAGAGGAUGUCCGGUUCGAGGCAGUGAGGAAAAUCGGGGCCCUUAUCUACCAACCUCACCGGGCGAAGAAAAGCCUGCGAGCGCGGGAGGGAGGAAGCACGAACCCCAAAGAAAAGAGCUAGCGCGCAGUUAGCUGCAGGGCAGAAGGGGAGUGUGCCGGGUCCCCAAGAACGAACUUGAUCGUGCCGCUCUCCAAGACCAUGGUGCAGGCGGAGCUCGGGGCGAUCCCCAGAUGAGAGCAGCUGCUCUCUCUGCCGGGGAUCCCACCGCGCUAGAUAGAACCCGGUAGAUGCAGGUUAGGGGAGAAAGGAUGCUGCCCGCACUGCUCCCUGGUUGCACCCUGAGUGGCCGCAGCGCUAGCAGCAGAAAGCACAGCCCGGGCCAAGGAGGCGGCUCGAGCUGUUGCUGAAGUCGCGUGGCAGUUCUUUCUCCGUAGUGUGCGAGUUGAGAAAACAGCCAGAGAGCAGGGCUCCCCGUUACAACUGUCUUCGGGCUCUUUUCCCUUGCUACUCGGAGCUGAUUUAUGCGAAAACAUGCCUUGCACUUGCACCUGGAGUAACUGGAGGCAGUGGAUUCGACCUUUAGCUGUGGUCAUCUACCUGGUGUCCAUAGUGGUUGCAGUUCCCCUGUGCGUGUGGGAAUUACAGAAACUGGAGGUUGGAAUACACACCAAGGCUUGGUUUAUUGCUGGAAUCUUUUUGCUGUUGACUAUACCCAUAUCCCUUUGGGUGAUAUUGCAACACUUAGUGCAUUAUACACAACCUGAACUACAGAAACCAAUCAUAAGGAUUCUUUGGAUGGUACCCAUAUACAGUUUAGAUAGUUGGGUAGCUUUGAAAUACCCCAGCAUUGCAAUAUAUGUGGAUACCUGCAGAGAAUGCUAUGAAGCUUAUGUCAUUUACAACUUUAUGGGAUUCCUUACCAAUUAUCUAACUAACCGAUAUCCAAAUCUGGUAUUAAUCCUUGAAGCCAAAGAUCAGCAGAAACAUUUCCCUCCUUUAUGUUGCUGUCCACCAUGGGCAAUGGGAGAAGUAUUGCUGUUUAGGUGCAAACUGGGAGUGCUGCAGUAUACAGUUGUCAGACCAUUCACCACCAUCGUUGCUUUAAUCUGUGAGCUGGUUGGUAUAUAUGAUGAAGGGAACUUUAGCUUUUCAAAUGCUUGGACUUACUUGGUUAUAAUAAACAAUAUGUCUCAAUUGUUUGCCAUGUAUUGUCUCCUGCUAUUUUAUAAAGUACUAAAGGAAGAACUGAGUCCAAUCCAACCUGUUGGCAAAUUUCUUUGUGUAAAGCUGGUGGUUUUUGUUUCUUUCUGGCAAGCAGUAGUUAUUGCUUUGUUGGUAAAAGUUGGCGUUAUUUCUGAAAAGCAUACAUGGGAAUGGCAAACUGUAGAAGCUGUGGCUACAGGACUCCAGGACUUUAUUAUCUGUAUUGAAAUGUUCCUUGCUGCUAUUGCUCAUCACUACACUUUCUCGUAUAAACCAUAUGUCCAAGAAGCGGAAGAGGGCUCCUGUUUUGAUUCCUUUCUUGCCAUGUGGGAUGUUUCAGAUAUUAGAGAUGAUAUUUCUGAACAAGUAAGACAUGUUGGACGAACAGUCAGAGGACAUCCUAGGAAAAAAUUUUUUCCUGAGGAUCAAGAUCAAAAUGAACAUACAAGCUUGUUAUCGUCAUCAUCACAAGAUGCAAUGUCUGUUGCAUCUUCUAUGCCACCUUCACCAGUGGGACACUACCAAGGAUUUGGACACACUGUGACUCCCCAGACUACUCCUACUACAGCCAAGCUAUCUGAUGAAGUACUUGGGGAUGCUACGGAGGAGAAAAAAGAACCUUCAGCUAAAUCUAUGGACUCCUGAGCAGUAUGAAAAAACUGUGCUAAAACCAUGAUAUUCCAUUACCCAGUAUCUCCCAUAGCUCAGGAUGUUGUGCCUGGGACAAGCCAUAAAUUAUGGAAAAUUUCAACACAAAGAUAGGUGAAAACCAGGUACAACUAUUGGAUUUAUAUAAAUGAGUUUUAUAUAUUGCAAACUGUCUAAAUUUCCUAGACUUAGACUUAAGAACAUCAGAAUACCACAUACUCGAAUGGUAGAAGAUGACUUCCAACUAAAUGCUCUUGAUGUCGCAUUACUUUAGCAAGAGGAUGGACAUUUAUUCUAAAACAACGCUUCCUACCAUGCUGCAUGAAUAUAAUGCUUUGGAAUUAAUAGAAGGCAUAAUCCAGAAAAAUGAAUUAGUGGAAUUUAAUCAUGUGCCAUAAAAGCUUACCUAACAGUUAUUUCUCUACUCCUCAACUGGAUGUCUUUCAAUAAAUAAUAAUUUAUCAUUUUUCCCGCAA